AUGAGACCAACAUUAGUCCGUUUAGUGCGUCCUCGUCGACCUGAAAGACCAAACCAAACUCCAUUGUUUCCACCAUUAAAACUCUACAGAUCAAUUCUUCGAGCUCAUUUGCACAAAUUACCCAAAGAGUUACGAUCACUAGGUGAUGCAUACGUGAAGAAGGAAUUCAAAGACCACAAAAAAAUAGAUAACCCAUUACACAUUGUAGGCUUCCUUACGGAGUGGCAAGACUAUUUAAGACAAAUUGAUGGUGGUAAGUGGCUCGAUGGGAAAUUAAGCUCACAAGAUUUGGAGAAAAUGUCACCAGAACAAGUUGGACAAUUGUAUGAAUUGAUGGAAGCUACUAAACGACUUGGAGAAGAAGAGCAAGAUCAAUAA